AUGUUGUCAAAAUUUACUGAAACCCUGAAUAGAGAACUGCAACCUAUUAAAGAGCAGAUGGAUAAGAUGGACAAUUCUAUGUUAUUUAUGAACUCACAGUACGAGGAACUUUUGAAAGAAUAUGCUGCGUCCAAAGAGACCGUGAAGGAAUUGCAGAAAGAAAACUUAGAGAUGAAAAUGUGUAUCAAUGAUCUCGUCUCACGUGUAAGCCAAUUAGAACAACAAACUCGUUCAAACAAUGUAGAAAUCCAAUGUCUGCCGGAAAAAAAACAGGAAAAUCUAUUGCAGAUUGUAACACAAUUAUCUAAGGUGGUGGGGAGCGGCAUUGUGGACAGCGACAUAAAAUACUGCACUAGAGUCGCCAAGCAGAGCUCUACAAAUUCUCGACCACGAUCUAUAGUGGUACAACUGGCUUCUCCUCGUACUCGUGAUCAAUUUCUCGCAGCCACGAUUAAAUAUAAUAAAUCAAACCCUAAUAAUAAACUAAAUACCUCGCACCUUGGAUACGCCGGACCGAAGACUCCAAUUUUCAUUACGGAACACCUUUCAACCACUAAUAAGGCUCUCCACGCUGCCGCUAGAAUUAAGGCUAAGGAGCUUGGAUACCAGUUUGUCUGGGUACGAGGUGGCCGCAUAUUUAUGCGGAAAGAACAGGAAUCUGAACACAUUCUCGUUAGAAAUAAGGAUACUUUAAAUAAACUAGCUUAA